AGUUCGCUGAUAGUUGUUUGCCGUUUGAAUAUCAUUAUUCAAAUAAAAUAAUAAUAUUUUGAUUGAAUUGUACAAUUUUGACACAGAAAAAUUUGAUAAAGCUAUACUUCCUUUCAUAAGUAAUAACACAAGUAGUAGUUAAUGGGAAAAUUCACAUUUUGUAAGACAGUUGAUUUUUUACAUUUUCAAGGUUUUAAAAUUAUCUGGACUUUAGACUUAUUACUUACCAUUAUAGAAAACAUGGCUCAACCUCACAGGAAGGCUGUCUUAAAUCUUUACAAAACGCUGUUGUACAUGGGACGUGAUUGGCCCCAAGGUUAUGACCUCUUUAGAAAACGAUUACAUAAAGUGUUCUCAAAAAAUAGUGAAGAAUCAGAUCCAAACAAAGUUCUCACUAUGAUUAAACAUGGAGAUUUUGUAGUUAAAGAAAUUGAAGCUCUGUAUAAAUUAAAAAAAUAUAGAACAAUAAAGCGAAGAUAUUAUGAUGACAACUGAAAGCUCACUGUUUUGUAUUAGGUAUGAUUUUUUAUAAACAUGGUGCUAAUUCAGAUAUAAGUAUAAUGUUAUAUGAUAUGUAGGAAUUAAAAUGACAUUGAACUUGUUCAUAUUCCAUAAAUAAAUGUCACUGCUAUCAUUGUUCUAUACUUAAUUCUUUAUGUACAUAUUUGUAUGUUUUAGGAAAUGAAACAAAUAUUGUUUUUAUAUUUUAGGGAAAAAUUAUAUUUUAUAAUAGUUACAUAGAAGAUAAUAAUGAUAAUAUUGUCAUUUUAAACUACCUAAAUUCCCUACAAAGACCAAUAUAAUUUUUUUAAAUA